CAUCACAUUUGGCACACACACGCCUGGACAAAGUUAUCAAACGCAUUACUGUCCGCCUACGAAAACCUUGACUUUCACUCCUGGGAGCUGUGGCCGCAUCGGUGUUUAGUGCCGCCGCCCUGACCUUCCUACAGCUUUCACUAAGUCCAAGAGAUGCUGUGUCAAGGAUACACAUGGGACUGGGCGGUGGGCGAUAUUGACGAUUGAACGAAGGUUCAGCCAGCGACACACGCUUAAGCCAGGAGCCAUAUUGAGGUGUCGAGAUUAUCAUCCAGCGACUCAUAGGGCUACACGCAAGCCUGGGUCUCUUACUCGACGGCCAACUACUGCGCUCAUUUCCAAGCGGACGCUAGCGCUGAUAUGGAAGAGAGACCGCCUACGCGUGCUGGCGGUCGACGGCCAGCCAACUCUGGCAUUCCGUCGGCACACAACGUCGGGGCCCUUCCCUCGCUCCCACGUGAGCUUAUGCCACCGGCCCAAACAGGUUUCGCGCCAGCGCCAACGCCCAGCGCCCUGCUGUCCCCACCCAGCGGCGCCACCAGCAGCGCCGGCCAGCAGCUGAGCGCACGUGUCAUCGCAACGGCCAGCGCCAGCUCCAGCUCCACCGCCGCCACCUGCACCGGUAACUCGCCCCGCUGCCCCUCCACCAGCGCCGCCAGCCACACGCUCAUGGCGCCCCUGGCAUCCCCACGGUACGGUGCCGCCGGCCCGCCACUGCCCCUGGCCCAAGGGGUCCCACCGCCACCUCCACCGCCGAGUGUUCUUGCCUCCGCCCCUCCUUUCGCGCGUCGGAGCAACACCCUGAACGGCGGCACGGUGCUCGACUCAAUUGGCCUGCCCGGCGAGGAGCACGGAGCCAUGUUUGAGGCUCUAAUGCUGGAGGAUGACACCGACGCAGCCUGCGCGUCAGAGGCGGCGACAGCGGCGGCGGCUAGCUUGGCCGUCAAUGUCAGUGUCAGGGAGUCAGCAGCGGGUGUGUCCAGCGGUGCAGAGGCGACGGCACCAGGCGACGGCGCAACUCAGGCGCGCUUCGUGCCACGGCCGCCAGACACACCGCCGCCGCCAUCCAUGCAAGGUCGCGCCUCCACCAGCGGUGUGGUUGACGGCGGCGGCGGCGACUUUUCGUCGAUCAUCAUCUCAGGCGGUGGGGCCGCUGCCGGUGAGCCUCCCAUCUCGCCUUUGUUAACCCACCUUCGCGUUCAGCGCCGGCCUACAUUCACUUUCGGUGACAAAGACGGUGAGGGCAGCGGAACAGGCCAUGCAGCCACGCCCACCACACCCAGCGGCGGCCUGGCAGCAAUCGCAUCCGGCGCCCUCUCGCCUGCCAGCGGCGGCUUCGGCGGCGGCUUCGGUGGCGCUGGGAUGGGUGGCUUCGUACCAGCCUCUCCUCGCUUCGCGCGCGCGUCCACGACCAUCGGGAUUUCAUCGGCUCCGUUGUCAACGCUUGCCCGCGGCGUGCCCCUGCUGCCUGGGGAAACGCCCAGCGACCCCGCCGCCUUCGGAGCUGGAAUGCCGUGGCCAACGACAGCGGCUGCUUGUGCGUCGGGUGGCGCCAGCGGCGCCGCGACGCCUACCCGGGGCGGCGGCCACGUGGAGUCGCCUGUGAACGCCGGGCGCAAGCUGCUGCCGCCUCUACAGCGCGCAGCGCUGCACGCGCAGACCGCUUCGCCUCGCGUGUCCCUCACAGGAGCCGGCAGCGGCGGCGUCAGCCCAGCGGCGGCGGCAGUUUCCGCGGCGGCGGCGGCGGCGGCGGCUGUGACGGCGACGGCAGCAGGCAAUGGGCCCGCCAGCGCCAACCUGCUUGCUCGCAGCAUUGGCUGCGGCCCGGGAGGCUGGGGCGGUGGCAACGGCGGCGGGGCCGGUGGCGUGCCGGGCCUUCGCGCCAUGUCAUCAUCGCUGACGUUGCCCGGGAGCUACAUUGACCUCUCCUGCCACGUGCCUUUCCUGGUCGGGGAGGAACAGGCGGGGCCGAUGACGCCUCCGGGCCCGAGCCCCGCCGGCGGCGCCAGCGGCGCGGCUGUGGUGUCAUCGCUUGCGCUGCUCGGCGGCGGCACGCAGGCGAGCGGGAGGGCGCUCCUGCCGGUUGGGCGCAACAACAGCCACAGCUGCGGCGGCGGCAGCGGCGGCCGGAGCAGCAACGACAACGCUGACAUGGCAGCCGGGGAGGCGGCCGCGGCCUCCUGCCCCCCGCUGACCCCUCGCGGGGGCACCGUGUCUGGGCCGCUGCCCGCGCUGGACGCAGCAGGCACUGCCGCGGUCCUCGCGGCCCUGGCCUCACACCCUGCCUCCUCGAAAUCCCUGCUCUCGCAGCCGGCGCGAGGUGACGUGUCAUUCAGUGGCGCCCACCAGCGCCCGCCACUGCCGUACCGGCGUACACUCACGGAGAUUGCUGCGCUUGAGGCGUCAUAGCCCGGCAGGAGCACUGUUAGGAGGGAUGGUGGGCAAGGCUGGCGGGAUUCGAUGAAUGGGGAGUUGUCAAACGUAUUGCAAAGUAGGGGGCGAGAGGUGGGGUUUUUUAACCUGGUUGUCAAGCAGUAAACAAUAAGGAAGUGCAUGAAAUGAGGGGUCAUCUGCGCGGCGCGAUGCAGCUGCAGUGAAGACAACUUGGUGCGCAAGGCUGCGUGGUGUGUCUGUGUUGACUGGUUCACUGAGGCGGCGUGUGCAUGAAGAUUUGGUAAGCGAUUCGGCUCACAAUGGGUACCAUCCGUACCAAGUGUCUGGGAGUGCGGCUGUACAUGUAGGGUGCUGCUGCUGUGUGUGUCUGUGUGCGUGUGUGUGUGGUUGGCGACACGAGACUGAGGUGUGUGCGCAUGUGUGGCGCCUCGGUUUGUGUCAGGCUGCCCGAGUGCGUGUUGCUGCUGGCGCCAGCACGGUCACUGUUGCGGGGUCCUGACACAACUGAAUAAGAAAGGGCCUGAUGCUUUCUUAACUUCGGAUUUGGAUAAUGCUUACAAGUGCUUAGCCGGAGACCGUUGACCACAUGUGGUGCAGUGCCCCAAGUAUGUUGCAUGGGUCGCCGCCAGCGGGCGAGGUCUGGCUUAUUAAAGGGCGUCUCUGUCGUAUCUAUGUUCACGCUUGGAUUCUUCUAUAGAGCUUGCUGAGCUUCUUUCCAUUUUGUGUGUGCUGGGUAUGCCAUUGAGUGAAUGAGUGGGUGUAAGGACGGAGGCCAACACGACAGCCUCCUGCCGGCGACGUUGUGAUGUGCUUCUGUGGCUCGGCCCAUGGGUUUAUCUGUCUCUCGGGGGACACACGACGGCCUGUCAAACAGCGCCGGGGCAUUCAUUGUGGGGCUCGGCGGAUAAGGCAUACAUCUGGAUAGCAUGCAUCUGAGCGUUGGCGUUGUGUGGCACUGCGUGUGGCCCUUAGCGACGGGUGAUGGCAGGGUGAUGGAAAAGGAUGCGGGGGAGGCAGGGCACUCAUUCCUUGGCAAUGCGUUGUGGAAGCACCUCCAGGUCCGGGCUAUGAGGAUCCCCAUACCGGCCCGGAUUCAAAUAGGGCCCCGUCUCCCGUGAGGCUCUAGCUGAGAGUUCGAGGCACAGUGGGUGGUUAGGAAGCGCGCAAGCGAGCAUAAUGCAUAAAGCGCCGUCAUCGUAACGUCGCAAACAUGAAGCGUCCCUCUUUGUAAUGCUUGUGGCGU